GUAUGACUGCACAUUUAUACGUGCCGGUUAGAGAAGAAACAUGUGCGGAAUAUUCUGUCAAAUUUGUCACCAUGAGAGUGACACUGUAUCAACCGCAGAAUGUAAUUCGGGAGAGGCGGAGUGGAACUGGUACAGAGAUAAAAUUGCAUCCCGGGGCCCUGAUGGAUUUGCAGAAAGAUUUGACUCCUUGCCUAAUGACUGGCAUGCACAUUUUGCAGCUAGCGUCUUAUGGAUGCAAGGGGAUAAAUGUUUGAUUCAACCAUGUAUAGAUUCUACCGGCAAUGUUCUCCUUUGGAAUGGAGAUAUUUUCUCUGGGAAUUUGGCUAGCGAUAAUACGUGCGAUACCAUCACCGUUUUAAAUAAUUUUGAAUUAUCUGAUAAUAUAUCACAAAUUCUAAAGGAUGUGGAAGGUCCUUAUAGUUUUGUUUAUUUCCAAAGACAUAAAAAUCUGUUAUACUUUGGAAGGGAUUGUAUAGGAAGGCAUAGUUUACUGAUUAAAUUAAACCUUGAACGGAAUUUCAUUAUGCUGACUUCUGCAGCGAGCAAGAAUGUUAAUGGUAUUAUUGAAGUACCUGCAAUUGGAAUAUUUGUUAUCGAUUUAAAUCUUCCAAUCAUUAAUUUAGCUUGCUAUCCAUGGACAGCACCUGAUUUACAUUUUGCACAUGCUAUCGAAGAUUUAGAAGCACAUCUCGACGUAGAUGUGAGUAUUCAAGAAACGAUACUAUCAUCUAAAACUGAAUUUCUCGAUUUACACGUAGAACCAGAAGCGGCAGACAUACAAUAUUUAGAAGACAUUAGUUAUUACGAAAGCAUCGAAGAAGCGAUGACUAACUUACUAGAAAACAAUGAUGUCCUUCAGAGAGUGGAACAUCUACUAGAGCUACUGAAGAAGUCUGUCGAAGUUAGAGUAAAUAAAAAGCCACAUUAUUGUAAAGACUGUAUAAAAACUGUACUGAGUGGGAAGAGUAUCGAAUGUCCCCACACAAAAGUGGGUGUUCUGUUUUCCGGAGGCUUAGAUUCUGCCAUUCUAGCUAUUCUAGCCAAUGAAUUUAUUCCUGAAAACGAGUGCAUCGAUCUCAUAAAUGUAGCUUUUGAGAAAGCUGUGAUCAAAAAUGGACAGUCUUCUAAUACAUUGCAAUAUGACGUGCCGGACAGAAAAACUGGAAGGCAGACGUAUAAUGAACUUCUACAGAUUUGUCCUAACAGAGAAUGGAAUCUUAUCGAGAUAAAUGUGACGCAGUCAGAAUUGCAAAUGUAUCGCUCUUCAAGGAUAUCCGACUUGGUCUAUCCUCUUCGAACGGUUCUCGAUGAAAGUUUGGGUUGUGCGGUAUGGUUUGCCAGUCGAGGGAAAGGUCAGUGUUACACGAGCAACGAGUCCUAUGAAUCACCUUGCAGAGUUCUUCUUUUGGGCAUGGGUGCCGAUGAAUUGUUCGGUGGUUAUAUGAGACACCGAACUACUUUAAAGCACAAAGGCUGGGCUGCUUUAACUCGAGAGUUAAGUCACGAACUUGAUAGAAUUUCCGAAAGGAAUUUGGGCAGAGACGACAGAAUCGUAUCCGACCAUGGUAGGCAGUCUCGAUUGCCAUACCUCGACGAAAGGGUUGUGCGAUAUGUCAAAAGACUGAAACCAUGGGAACGAUGUUUCCCAACCGACAGGAUGCCUCCGGGUUUAGGGGACAAGCUGCUGCUACGUCUCGUGGCUCGUAGAUUGGGUCUCCAAAGCACCGCCAAUUUUCCAAAAAGAGCAUUUCAAUUUGGCUCGCGCAUUGCCAAUAGCAAGGAAAACGCCAAAGACAUAUCCGACCGCCUGUAA